CACCUUUGUCACGCCCCCGUCCGCCUCGAAUCGUGGCCACGCCGUGGUCCCAACUUGUUGCUGCUAGCGGCUGGAGCACUGACGAGACACCGCACUAAACAACCCGCGUAGCGAUGGAUGCGUUCUUUCGGAUGCGGCGCUCGUCGCACGCCCCGAGCGGCCCCACCCAGGAGCCGCUGAUCGUGGUGGAGGAGUCGGAGACGUGCGAGAAGGCGGACGAGACGAGCGCCCAGUCGUCGCAGCGCCAGAGCCUGGACAUCGACUCGCCGGAGAACCCGUACCUGCUGUCGCCGUGGCGGGAGGCGCGCGAAACCCGCAAGCACUCGCUGCCGACGCCGCCCUGCACGAGCGGCAUCACCGCCAGCCAGGUCCGGCGGCUGUCGGAGCGCGGCGGCGAGGGUUCCGGCCCGUCGCCCCGCGAGCAGGCCUUCCUGGCGACGCUCUGCAGCACGCCGGCGCCGCAGCCCGGCGGCCGGCGCCACUCGGUCGUCACGAUUAGCCGCGUGCCGCCGACCAUGUUCGGGCGGAGCCGCCGCGAGUCGAUCGCCGCCCUGCCCGCCGGCCAACGACCACCGGGGACGGGGCACUCGCGGCGCGAAAGCGGCAGCGGGCCGCCACCGUCGACGGACCACCGCGGCAGCGUCCACAACCUGCAGCUGGACAUUAUGGACGACAUCGUGCAGGCGCGCAAGGCCCGCAUGAAGCUGUGGAACACGAGCAACGAGCGGGUGUGCGAGGUGCAGACCCUGGACGAGGCGGGCACCGGGUCGAGCUCGCCGAUGCGCUACACCAACCGCCGCUACUCGGACUUUGUCGGCACCGCGCUGCCGCCGAUCCAGUCGUUCCGCCGCGCGUCCGAGCUGCCGGUGUCCCCGCUGGCCGAGCCGCCCGAGCCGACCGGCGGCAAGCCGGCCGCCGGCAAGAUGGGCAUCGUCUGCACCAACACCGACCUGAUCUCGCUCCUGUCAUCGCUCGCGUCCUCGGCCACCGAGAUCAAUCGGUGCGGCGAGAAGGACUCGUCGCCGUCGCCGUCACCGUCACCAGCAGCACCGCCCGGCCCGGGACAACCGGCGCUGCGUCCGUUCCCGUCGCUCAAGUCGCUCCUGAAGGUAUCACCAGCCGCAGCAGCAGCAGCAGCAGCAGCGGACUCGGCGGCCGGCGGCGACAAGUUGCGGUGCAAGAACCGGUCCAACAGCUUCGACAGCUCGCUGUACCACAGCAUCAAGCAGCUGGCCACGGGUGGUGGUGGUGGUGGAGCGGUCUCCCCGGGCGGCACGGACCCGCCGGUCUCGGAGCGGCCGGCGGUCGAGCCGGGUUGGUUCACCAAGCGCCACCAGCCGAUCGGGGCGCGCCGCAAGUCCGCGUCCCAGGCGGCGGCCGGGUUCGCGGGCGAGGCGCUCGAGCGGUUGCGCCGCGAGUCCCGCGCCACCACCGCUGCGCCCACCGAUCCACGCCCGGCGGCGGUGGCAGCGCCGCCACCGAAGCACCGGUCACCGCUCAACAAGCUCAAGUGGGACGGCCGGAGCGCCAUCGUGGACGCGCGCAUGAUUGGGCACGCGAUCGAGAACUUCAUCACCGGCUCCGGCUCCUCGUCCGGGGGCUCGGCGAAGAAGGCGGACACGGCGGCCAAGAAGUCGGGCGGUGCUGGUCCCACCGCCGGUUCCCAGGCCGGCUCCGGCUCCGGGAACUGGUUCGGGAAAGCUGCCGCCGCCGCCGCCGCCACCACCGACGACGAGGACUCCGCCGACACCUGCGACUCGUCGCUCUGCUCCACCCUCAAGGAUCUGUUCGUCAAGUAA